AUGGAUCGGAAGGAGCACUGGCGGCAUCCCAAACAUGAACUGGUUUGCUUAGAGGCUGAGGUCAUUGGCGCCACCUCGUUGGCUGCCGCAAGUGCGGCAUUGUAUGCGGCCAAGAGUGCAUCAUCAGCAACGGAUAAAAAGGAGCCAUCUAGCCGCAACGAAAGCAACAACCACAGCGAUCGUGAAGGCGACAACGACAGCGACAAUAAGAGAAACUAUCUUGACGAUUUAAUGCUAACGCGAAGCGCCAAUUUACUGUUAGAGGAUCUGCAGCAGCCUAACGGACAACUAAUCAAUCUGACAAGGCAUCACGACGGUGAUAUCUUCCGUACAAGCGGCAUCAGCACUUGCAACGCGGACACCUGCAUCGGACUAUCCAGCGGCACAGCGGGACUCGUGCGCCUGGGCGCGGAUGGAAACGGUAAUUGAGCGCAUGGCUCGGGUCAGGUAUCGGUGGCUGGAUCGUUAGCCGGCGGCAGCAACGGCCAACUAGAACUGCUAACGCGUCGUCUGAAGUUGCAACAGAAAUAUGCGGCAGCGGCAGCGGCGGCUGCGUCUGCGCAUGGCAGCGAGCUGGGGAAUGAGGAAGCCUGCACCUGCCGCUGUCUGCCAUAUUUGCGAGCCUAUCGGGAGGAUUUGGGCAUAUGCGUGGAUGAUAUUCAUGAAUGCUCUCUUUCGCCAUUUGUCAGCGGCUCAUCAUCAGAGAAAAUACCAUUUGUGUUUUUGCCAUUGCGUGGACAAAUCAUAUACCCCAGCAGAGAAAUCAGUUUUCCCAAUAUUCAUACGCCGGUUUGCGCAGUCACUGGGGCCCAGUAUUUGAGCUCGAAUGGCUGGUCAGACUUGCGCAAUCCCAUCGACACGGAUUAUCCGUUUCGCAUGUUUCGCGAUGAGGGACGCAGCUUCUUACAGUGGCUGGGCGAAGCGGAGCUACGCCAGAAGAUGCAGGGCCGCCUCAUAGUCGUGCAUUUGGUGUGCCGCGACAUGACUGUGGCAUUAAAUGUGAGCCAGAAAGAGCAACUGAUGCUGCCAAAGAAUGUGCACUCGCCUUGCGUGGCUUUUCGGGUCAAUGGCAGUCCGGUGAAGCACACCCAUAACGUACCAGAGGUUUUCUUUCAACCGGCCAACUCGACCACACUGGCUUCCAUAUCGGAAGGCAUGACCAUGAGGGAGUAUGUGGUCAUUGGCAUAUGCAGCUUGCUGCUUGGCCUCAUCUACGUCGCCUCAGUCUUCCUCUACCUGUUCAUGAAGAAGCGCAAGAGUCGUGGUCGACACAAUUCCCGCAACUCGCUCGAUAAUUUGGGCAAUGACAUCAACUAUCCUAAAAAUGAUCAGGUCACCUAUGGUGCACCAUUCAGCCGCGUGGGCAGCAUAUACUCCACCAAUAGCCUGGGGCGUGGCAACGACUCUAACGCCCGCACCAACAUUGGCAGUCUGAAGGAAGACCUUGGCAUUGUGAAAAACAAUCCACUGCUCCAACAUUUUCCCCAGCUAAGUGAGCGCGACAUUAACUCAGGAUUCGCCAGCGACAUAUCCAAUUCGAACUCCGAAUGCGAAAUGGAUGAUAAAAUAAAGACAUCGGUCUUGGUUCAUCCACAGCUGAACAUGACCAAUAGAUCACCGAAGGGCAGCAAUGGCGCGGAGAAGGCAUCCAUGGAAACGGAAGAUUUUAUGCAGGAGAACGAGUGUCUUCCUGCUGAAAAUGUAGCCGUAAUCGAGGACAUGAUGACUGAAGAGAAACUGGAGAGUCUGCGUGCCAUGGUUAAUGGCAACGUACGCAAAAAGUUGUAUUUCAAUCCGGCCUACUUCGAGCCUCAUUUGUUGGCCGAGCCACCCCAAGCCGCUGUAGAGUUUCUUCAAAAGAUACGUGAAGUUAUCGCCAUUGCCAAAUAUAAAAUGGCUGCGAAACGCUAUCAGCCGUCGCUUAACAUAAUACCAGAGGAGGCACCAUUGGACACCAAUGCUGGCCAAAUGUACAACGUGCCGUUGCAGAAAAACUUACAGGCCAAGAAUUUGGGCGACAAGCGUAAUAGCAUUGAGAAAUGGUUGCAGAGCGUGCCCAAUACAGAAUCUUCUCAGUCCCAGAAGACUCUAGACCGGCCUGAGCCCACGCGCUCGCCUAUGAAGGGUAAUGGCGCCAAUAGAGGCUCUCCACGCAAGGAUAUAUCGCCGCCAAAGGAACGUCCCCCUCCGCCACCAAUGUCAAAAGCCAGACAGGAUCAAGACCAGCAGAAUUCCAGGCCAAAUAAUCAACAAUCCUCAAAUAGCAAAACAGAAGUAGCUCAGCAGCGUUGUGUUAAGACACCCGAUACGAAACACCCAAAAUUACCAGCAUCAAGUGAGAGUUUCUCAAGCUACUCGGCAGCUGCUAAUGUAUAUGGUUUUGCCGGCGGCGAGAUCUACAACAACCCGAAAUUCAUUCUUAUGGACUCGCCCACUCCCUCGCUCCGAAGUCAAGGAUCCUCAACUCGCUCGAAGUCCUCUCGAAAGCGUGGUGAUGUCCUUGAUCAGUUUGCUGCCACCUCGACGCCCACCUCACUCAACUCAUUCGAUCGCCAGCACUAUAAUAUGUUGAGAAACAUGAAGCCAGAAAUCUUAUAUGACUCACUUAAGCACGAGUAUACGACUCGAAUAACUACGCUAGGCAACUUUCCCCUAGACAUCCCCACGCCAGACUAUGACAGCACUAUUGAGAAGAAGAUCAAGGAGAUCUACAGCAGCACCCAGAGUAGUAUACCAUCAGUGCCAACGCCAGACUAUAGCUCCCUCAGUCGCAAAUCGCUCAAGCAGUUUCAGCCGGACUCGCCCAUCUACAGGCGGAAGUCGCCACAAUACUUAAUUGUUGACUACGAAACGGACAGCUUAGAGCGCUUGGAGCCACCAAAACGAAAGAGUUCACACUCUUCGUCCUCGCCAUCUUCAGAUGUCAGUUCGCAGCUGAGUCCUAGCUUGAGCACAGCGCUACCCUUAGAAGAAGAGAUGGAAAUUAGCCAUGCUGUGUACGAUCGUGUAAACGGCUUUCGAAAGGAUGGCGAACUAAAAAAGCGUGUAGUUAGCAAGAACGCUCAUGCCGCCCAAAAAAACAAGGAGAUGGCUGCACGUAUCAAAUACGAUACCCCGUUUCGCGGCAGCAUGACCAUUGAGGUUGAGCACGAGCCCCCAUCUGACCUCGAGCGCACAGACAGUGAUCAGUUCGAGCCAGACACACUGGACCGGAAGCCGAAGAAGCAGAGCUUUUGUGACAUAGCUGCGUGGGAUAAUCAUAGUCGCAAGGGCGUGAGUGAAACGUAUGUCGAAUCAGAUUACAAUCAGAUCAACUCGCUACCGGACUUGAGUCGACAGACGAGCCCUACACCAGUCUCAAGCAAACAGCGAACGGCAUCGUUCAUUUUAAGAUCAAGCAACUCUUUCCGAAAUUUACGUGAAAUAUACGAAUCACCGUUGGCCGUGCAUGCAAACUGCACAUGUGAGGGUUCGCCGAGGAAGGUUAAAGCCACUGAGCAGACUUACGAUAGUGAGGGCCGCAUCUUGACAUUAGAAGCAAAACACUCUCGCAGACAGCGGUGCACACAAAGAUCCCCAACUUUGUCUGUUGUAAGUGUUGCCAGAGCCAAUUCCAAUAAAACAACUAUUCGGAUUUCUUCUUCGGGCGAAUCAAAUGCAGAAAAGGAAAGCCUGAAGCCGCAGAGGGAGUCAGCAACUGAUUUGAAAGCUUCGCCAACAUGCAAAGGUAUCUAUGGAGUGGGUAAACAUGUACCCCCAGCACAACGACAGGCAUCCAAUCAACCGGUAUCUGGACCUGUGGUACAAAAUAAACGACCCCUGCCUCCACCACCCCCGAAACCGGCAUCACAAUCCGAAACGCUGGAACGUCAGUUACACUACCAAAACGAGCGUCAGUAUCAAAAUUGCGAGACAAAACUGAGUAAUCAGGAAGAGGACACAUUCAGUAUGCACAGCGAAAUUACAGAGAUAACUGGAGUUUCGGAUACAAUGGCGAACUCAGAGUUCGAGAACUCAUGCAAUAAUACGCUGUCAAGCGCUAUCUCGGCCCCAAAUGACAAACAAAAACAAAAAUCCGAGCCAAUGGAUCAUAAAAAGCACUUCGAGGCGCUGGCUGAUAAAAAGCAGCGCUUCGAAAAUGAUUACGAUAGCAACUAUAAUAAGAAAAUUAACAGCCUGCGUAAUGACUAUAGCCUUACAAAGUAUCUCAACCGACGCAAAUCGCAACAACGAGAGGAGGACAAUAUGGAGAACGUAAAAGACGUUUCUUCCGAUGCAGAGCUCAGCAGCAGUACUAAUAACAACAACAGCAACAAUUCUAAAGUAAUCAAGGAUGUAGAUCUCAACCAGUUCGAUGGUCUGUCUAUGAGCUCUCGGUCCAAUCGCAGCAGCAGCCACUUAUCCGAGCAUACCAAGGAGAUGUACCGCAAUGCCGGCGUCCCCGUGGGCAUCGCCUAUCCACAACGUGCAUCCAAUAGUUCCACAACCACCACGACAACCAACACAACCAACGUGCAAACAGUUUAUCGCUGCGAGAUCGAACCUGCCCAACUGACGGCUGGCAUGCAAAUAGCCAUAGGUCUGAAAGAUCGAGCCAAAAAGGCCAAGGAUUUGAAAAAUGCGUGGCGCAAAUUUGUGACAAUGGCCGCUUCCAAAUUCAGUCCAAAUCAAAGCCCAGCGCCCACCUAUGGCAACAAGAACCCGACCAGUUUUCUUGAAGCACUCGAUCGAGACGAGGGUAUCUCCUCGAUUAUAGAGGAUGCAGGUUCAGUGUCUGUGGCGCAGCACAGCUAUGGUGCACCAACGAGCCUAAGCUACUACGAGCAGCGGAUUGGUGUACGUCCCAGCGAACUAGAUAGUGGCUACAUGAGCACCGAUUCGACUGAGCUCUACAAACGUAAUGUCUACGAUCGCUACAACUUCAAGAUGAUGGCAGGCCGUGGCCAAGUAAUACGCGUGGAUACCAUCGAAGAUAACUCGGAGGGUGGGAAUGAGGAAGAAACGCCUAAUGGUAAUAUACUUGAUGCCUCACGCUUCGAGGACUUGGAACAUAUGGUCUCACCAGGCGGUAGAGCGACGUCCAAUCCGGGCGCUGAUCUGAGUGACGCUGACUCUGAUAAGACUCUAACUCGUUCGCACUCUCACUCGAACGGGUUAAAUGUGCGAGGGAGUAGUAGCACCAUGUCCUCGUAUUCCUCAGAGGACGAACGAAGACGUGGCCACAGCACCUGCUGUGGUUCAUCGGAAACCGAUGAGGAAACUAAUGCUGAGGACAUGUGGGAAUCAGGUGCCGAAAGCAUAGAAACACACUCUGUGUUGUAUAAGAUGAUUAGAAAAAGUUAA